AUGGAUCGCGGUGAAGACCAACGAAGUGAGACCGACGAGCCAUUGCCAGCCUAUACACCUUCUGAUAGUGCCGCCCAAUAUGAUCAAGAUACCGAUGACGAGUAUAACACAGAUGGUGGCACGGGCUCCUCUCGCGGUAGGUACGCAAAGCAAGUUCAGAGAGCCUGCCGUAGAGCAUUGCGAGAAGUAAAGAAGGACAACAUUCUUGCAAAUAGCGAUUGGGCCGAGCCACUUGAGGCUGCUCCGACUGCUAUAUCCGUAAUGGCUUUUUUGAUCAAGACUGCAGCAGACAAGAAAGUUGCUGGCCUUGAGGUGAAGAGCACAAAGAUCAUGAAUGAGCAAGGAACAUUGCAGGUCGGAACGCUACCUGACAUCGGACGUUUGGCUUUUUUGGAUGCACAGAAACGAAUGCACAAGAUCAGCGUCGUGGCAAGGUCCAUGAUGAAAGAUGGUGGGCGUCUCAGCUACAUUGUUGAGCUCCUUGAGAACGAGGAAGAUGCCAAAGAUAACUUAAAGCCAGAAAUGGAGCUCUUGAAAAAGCAGGCAGCGGACUGCUCCAAAGAAUGCGAGGAGAUUCAAAAGAAGUUUGAGUAUUGGUACUACGUGAUCAACCACCUAAGCGCAAACGCGCUGGAAAACAUCGCUGUGAUCCAUAAAGACGGGGAGGUCGUGGCUAAUUCCCGCCAUGAUGCGAAGCAAAGUCAGAAAGCGUAUAGCAUUGAACAACAAGCGAUUCUUAAGUCAAUCGAAGCACUAAAGGCAGGGAUAUCUCAAGCAGCCCAGAAGGUUCUGAAGGCAGAAAAGGAGGUGCAAAGAUUGAACAAUUUGCCUCCCCUGCCGGAGCCCGAUCCCUACAGUGAAUUGCUGAUGGCCCAACAGCUAGCUCCAGAAGAGCCGUACAUUCAACGCCAGAGAGGUUUCUUAUACGAUCUUAGUAGUGCUCUAUUUGGAAUGUCAAAGAAACAAUAUCAUGAAGAUGAAGAUGCUCGUGACGCUCACUACUUGAAACAGCACGAGCGACAGAGAAAAAUCAUUGAAGAAGCUAGAGAUGAGCGCCGAAGAAUGAAGAAGCAAGCUAAAGAUGAACGAAAUGCAGCGCGCAACGAGUUGGCCAGGCUCGAAGACGAAUUGGAAAGAAAACAGCUCGAACUUGCAAACAAAAGAGACCGGCUGUCUGAAGCGCAGAAGAAUCUUGCUAAAGCCAGUGCAGAUUUGGAACGACUGGACCGACAAGAACUAGAAUUGAAAGAUAUUCUGGCUAUCCUUCAAAGGUCUACCAACGAACUUGGCCAGUUGAAGGCGCAACUAGGCCGUCUGGUCACCUUCUUUUCGAUGAUGGAAAACAACAUUUCCAAGAACACGAUGCAGGAAGUCGAUGACUUCCUCGAGGUGCUCAAUCGCAACAUCAAGAUGCAAGACGACAAAGUUGAGUCCAUCCGGCUCAGAAGCACCAGCAAGAGAAAAAUUCUUUCUUCCGCGAUGCAAAUUCAGGGACAGGUAUCAGCGAUUGCAGAUGUUUCAUCCGCUUACGUUCUGAUCUCCGAGAACUACAUUCGCAAGGCCAUCGAUAAGAUGGAGAAUCUGGCGACCAUCGAGGACAGCAAGUGGAACGAAGCCCGGAAAGAGUUCACGGCUUGGUGCAAUGAGGCAGUGAGAGGCAUCAACGGCAUCACUCGAGAGGCGAGCGCGAAGAUGGGUCCGAAUAUGCAAAAACGGGUUGGCCUACUUCAGACCCUAGCCAUUGAAGCAGCUGAGGACAGCAACGAAGAUUGA